GUCGAAGCUUUGCCGACGAGCCCUAAUUCUCUCUCCCAUUAAGAUCUGCCUCAGCUCUCUUCUGCGCUCUCUCUCAACGGAUUCCCAUUGGAUUACGUCGGAUCAUCAUUAGAAUUAAGGCUCCAGUUUGAUGGUCGCUAGUGUUUUAAGGGUAGCAAGAUACUUCCAUCAAGUCCUUGAAGUCAGCAUCCAUCCACUUGAUGCAAAAAAAGUUCAUCUCAAAAGCAGUCUUGCAAGUGAGCCAAGUAUUGGUUUCUUGAUACCCCUAUUUAUGACCAGCAUGUCUACUUCGCAAUCACUCGGUUGUGUUCAAGGAUUUCAUUCUGACACCAGCUUGUCUUCUAUAAAUUUUAAUGGAAAACCUGAAAGUAAGGAUUCCAUGUCUACUUGUGAGGACCUUACAUGCUCUCCAAGUGUUCAGUCCACGCCAGACAUUGAAAAGAAGUAUGUGCAUCAUGUUUAUGAUGCUAUUGCUCCCCAUUUCAGUGCUACACGGUUUGCAAAGUGGCCGAAAGUUGCUGAAUUUUUGAAUUCCUUGAGGCCAGGGUCCAUCAUUCUGGACGCAGGUUGUGGGAAUGGAAAGUACCUGGGCUUUAACCCUAAUUGUUUUUACAUAGGCUGUGAUAUAAGCCCUCCUUUGAUUGAUAUAUGUGCAAGAAGAGGACAUGAAGUGACGGUUGCUGAUGCUGUUAACCUUCCUUACAGAUGUAACUUUGGUGAUGCGGCUAUUUCUAUUGCCGUGUUGCAUCAUUUGAGUACUGAAAUGAGGAGGAGGAAAGCCAUUGAAGAGCUAGUUCGGGUUGUUCGAAAAGGUGGUCUUGUUUUAAUUACAGUGUGGGCUAGAGAACAAGAGGACAAAUCAUUGCUCACAAAAUGGACCCCUCUUUUUCACAAGUAUGAUGAAGAAUGGAUAAGUCCAAGCAGUCCUCCUUCGCGAAAUCCUUCAACAAUGAAGCUAGAAAGCAUACCAGAGGCAAAUGAAAAUUGCAAUCAGAGUGCGAAACAAUCAAAUCAUGUACAUAGUCAAACAAUAGAUGAUGAACAAGAAUCAAAGGAUGGCAUGGUGGCUGCUUCUGUUUCUCCUGGCAUUAGUAAAGACUGUCUUUCUGCCUGUAUUGAUCAAAUUGAAGCUCAGCAAGAAUAUUUUGUUCCUUGGCACUUACCAUAUCAUCGUGCUGAAAUUAGUGGCACAUCAGCCUCAGCACUUGCAAGUGGGCUGGUGAAGAAAGAUGAUAAGAAAGGGGCUAUGGUAUACAAUCGUUAUUAUCAUGUGUUUGUUGAAGGAGAGCUUCAGAGUUUAGUUUCUGGUAUAGAUAAUGCAAUUAUCAUGGACCAGUUUUAUGACAAAUCCAACUGGUGUAUUGUUCUUGAGAAGAUUUGAACCAUCAUCGCGAAAAAUAAAAAUCCGUGCCUCUAAGAUUCACUGAAGAUGGCUCCUGCAGUUGGGUUCAGAUCGUCAAAUAGUCCUUGAAGCAAAACUUUUAGAAGUAGGCCACCCAAGUGGAUUAAGGGAAUGGUUUAAAUUGGUAUCCAUAUCUGGAAGUGUGCCAAAGUGCUUCCCAAUCUUGGCUCCAUAAGUUGGCUUCCUAUAUAAGCAUGGUGCUUGUUACUGUGUCAAGUCAGAUGCUCUGAUAUCAUAUAACUUCCUUGCUCGAUUCAGAAGUAUUGAUGUAUUGUUUAUUGCCUUCGCAUCACCGAGUUUGUGUUACAUGUUCCGCAGCUGGGGCUGCUGGAGGUCCCAAAAUUCUCUUGCAUGGUGGGUGACUGGCUGCCUAUGCCUAGGGUGCUUCAUUUGAGGGUUAUAGGCAUCUUAUCUACAAUAAAGCAUGUGUCUUGCAAGUCCAAAAGAAAAAUUGCUCCUUUGUUGCUGGUGGUUUGUUUUUUUUUUUUUUCUGAAAAAAAAAUGCAGGUCAUUCUGCGCUUGGUUUAGGUGCUGAUGUUUUGUGUUUUCAUUUAUUAGAUUUGCCCUGAUUGGCAAUUUUGUUCUCUAAUAUUAAACAUUGACAAAUCCACAGGCUAGCAUAAAAUUUUCCUUUUGCAUGA